AUGCGCUUCCACGGGCUUAGAAGAAUUACGCUGACCAAGCUUGUUUCUCUGAGCAAAAGGUGUUCGUCAUCAGGAGAAAAUAGUGCCAUUUUAGCAGAGUUCAAGUCAUGCGGCAUCAUUACCCUGAACCGACCGAAACUACACAAUUCUUUAGAUCUCCAUAUGAUCAGACAAAUCUAUCCACAGCUCAAAGAAUGGAACGAGAAUCCCGCGGUACGUAUUUCCCACAUAAUCAUUGAAGGAGCGGGAAAUCGUUCGUUCUGUGCCGGUGGAGAUGUCCGCGCCGUAGUCGAGGCAGCACAAAUCGGAGAUAAAACUUCUGAACUAUUCUUCCGGGAGGAAUAUCGUUUAAACUACCUUAUUGGUAUUUUACAGAAACCCUAUAUAGCUCUGCUUGAUGGUAUCACCAUGGGCGGCGGUGUUGGAUUGUCAGUUCAUGGACGCUUUCGAGUGGUCACAGAAAAAACAUUGUUUGCGAUGCCUGAGACUGCCAUUGGUUUGUUUCCAGAUGUCGGUGGUGGGUUCUUCCUACCUCGGCUUCCUUGCCCCGGGUUAGGCCCUUUCUUGGCUCUUACCGGUCAUCGUCUUCAGGGUCUGGAGGUUCUCUGGGCCGGGGUGGCAACGCACUACAAACCUACAGCAGAAGUAAAUCUCGUUGGAUUUUUACUCGUUUUUAUUUGUCCUAAGCCGCGUUCUACCAUACGGAUCUUCCACAAAGCAAAGCACUCAUUCCAGUGUUCUAUGUUAAUGCAAAAUCGGUCCCCACUCCCAGCCCUGAUGAUUCCAAUUAUUGCAUUUGUUUUAUCUGGUCUGUAUAUGAACGUAUCCGUCUCCAAUAUUCCCAUUUAUAUCCAGGUCACUUUGCGUCAAUUGCAACUGGGCUCAGCGCUCUCGUUUGUAGACAACUUCAAAAUGGAAUUCCGUCUUUCUCAACGAUUUGUCCGCGGUCACGAUUUCCCCGAAGGUGUUCGAGCCGUGCUGGUGGACAAGGAUAAAAAACCCAAAUGGAUUCCAAACAGUCUGGAUCAGGUUACCUUGGACACAGUUGACAGAUACUUUGAACCGCUCACCGAUAUCCCCGAAUGGGAUGAUCUCAAAUGGAUUACUGUACUGUGA